AUGGGCAAGUCCAAGGAACCACUUCUUCCCUUCACCUCCUCUACAAUCUCUCGGGAUUCAUCGUCCACCUCCAUACAUGGCUCCUCCCCGCUCCCCACAUCGUCCUCCUCCUCCUCCCUCUCCUCCAACCCCAACGUCGCAAUCGCGCUUCUCCUCGUCUCCCGCCUCCGCGACGCGAUGCGGCAAGCAGCAGCGCAACAGCGGUCAUGGCUGGAGCUCGUCGAUCGCUCCGCCUUCGCGCGCCCCGAGAGCCUCUCCGACGCCGCGAGUCGCAUCCGCAAGAACAACCGUUACUUCCACGCGAAUUACCUCGUCGUCCUCUUCCUCGCUAUAAUCAUCUCCGUUUUGCACAACCCGUUCGCGAUCCUCUGGCUUGCGAUACUCGCCGCGGCUUGGGGCUACACCUUCCUGUUCCGCCCUGGACCAAUCACCGUAGCCGGGCGGUCGUUCAGCGAGCGGGAGAAGCUAAUAAUCAUGUGCCUGUUAUCCGCGUUAAUAGUCUUCGGCCUGAGCCCCCUCGGAUCGGCGGUCAUGUCGGGAACGGUGAUAGGAGUGGCUGUAAUCUGUAUCCACGCGGCGUUCCGAGUCCCUGACGAUCUUUUUUUAGAUGACUCCGCGGAUGGACUCGCUGGGCUGGGCCUGGGCGCAGGCAGCAACAGCGGGUGGUUUAACUUGCUGCUUGGAAGCAGCACAGGGGGGGUGGGAGGAGUGGGGGGAGUAGGGGCGGUGGGUGGGGUUGGGGUGGGAGUGGGAGUGGGAGUGGGAGUGGGAGGGGUGGGUGGUGUGGGGGUUGGAAGAGGGGGAGUUGGGCUCAAGGGGAGUGGUGCAGGAAGAGGAGGCAGCAGCGGCGCGAGCAAGGCCAGCAAUAGUAGUGGAGGAGAUCGAAGUUUCUCCCGCUCUCCCGUCCUGUUGCAUAAUCCUCCCCGCACCUCCCUUCUCUCCCCAUCCGAUCCACCACCUCCCGCCUCGCGCCCUCCCCCCGUCCCGUUUUCCAGUCCUGGGGUGACGUGGCAGCCGCUGAGUGGCCCCGCGUGCCAGGCUGCGGAGGCGGUCGAAGCUGGGCGGGCGGGCGGUGGUGAGACAGCAAGCGCGCGGGGCUCCGCUGGGGGCGCAGAGCGGGCGCGAGGGGCACGAGCGGGGAGGCUCAAGACUAAGGAAGAGAGCGGACCAGGGGGAAGGUUUCAGCCCAGUAUGACAGGGGUGGACGGAGGCAUGGUGGUGAUGUUUGGAGGGAUCAACGACCUCGGCCAACGGCUCGAUGACACGUGGCUCUUUGGCCCAAAGUUACGGGAGGCUGCCCAUGUUGUCCCCCCUGGCUUCACUCCUGCUGCUCCCAGGGGUGCUGGUGCUGCUGCCGCUGCUGCUGCCACACCUGCUACUGGCAGUCACGGUGGUAGCAACCCUGCUGCUGCAGUUUCGGUGAAACAGCAGAAUGACUGGCAGUGGCAGCAGCUGCAUCCCGCGGUUUCCCCUCCGGCCAGGGGAGCGCACGCAGGGACGCACAUGGGGGGCCAGCGAGUGGUGGUGUUCGGCGGUAUAGACUCUGCUGGCCGUAGACUCUCCGAUGCGUGGCUGCUAGACCUGGCGGAAGAGCCAAUCACGUGGCGACAGCUGGAGAUGGUGGGUGGAGAGGAGCGGGGAGACGGGGUUUGUGAUGGGACGGCGGUGCUGAUAGGUGGCCGGGGGGCAGGCAUGGAGGUGCUUAGUGACGUGUGGAUCAUGCAGUUACAAGGGGACACUGUUGCUAGGUGGACUCUUUUAGACAGCGAGGAAGACUAUAAAGGGGACUCUUUUGGGGAUGGCCGUGUGGGUGGGCUUGAAGGGACUGAAGGGAUGGAAGGAACAGAAGGAUUGAGAGGGGGAAUGGAGGGGAUGGAAGGGAAGGGUUUGGUAGGGCCUGGGCCGAGGGCCGGGCAUUCUGCAACACGGUUGGUGGACGGACGGGUGGUGCUGUUUGGGGGCGAGGGGGAGAAUAGGGACCGGCGGAAUGACCUUUGGGUUUUGGAUUUGCGGGGGAGAGUGCGGGCCCUGGGCUGGUGCGGUGGUAGGCGUGGUGGUGCGGUGUGUAGUGGUGUGUGUGGUGGUGUGCGUGGUGGUGUGUGUGGGGCUGUGAGUGGGAGGCAAGCAGUGGUGUUGGUAGAGGGGGAGGGGAGAAGGGUGAACGGCCGGUUGGUGGGUGCGGAGCUGAGGGGAGGAGGAGAGUUGGAGCAUGAAGGGUCGGAGGGUCGAGGGUUGGAGGGUCGAGGGUUGGGGGGUCGAGGGUUGGGGGGGGAUUAUUAUGUGGAGGGUUUGAGAGAGUGUGCGUUACGUGGUGGUGGGGGUGUGAGGAGUGGGGGAGGGCCAGCACAGGAGGUGGGCGGCUGUAUCGGUGACCGAGGAGGUGAGGAUGGUGAGAGUAAUGGCGGGCAUGCACGAGGGGGGCGAGUAGCAGGAGGGUCAGAUGCGGAGAGGGGAGGCACAGGAGGAGAGAGAGGAGAGAGAGGAGAGAGAGGAGAGAGAGGAGAGAAAGGAGAGAGAGGAGAGAGAGGAGAGAAAGGAGAGAGAGGAGAGAGAGGAGGAGAAAGAGGAAGAGCAGGAGGAAGAGGAGUGGAGAGAGGAGGAGGCAAGGAGAUUCAGGUAGUUCCAACAGGGGCAGAGGGGGGUUGUGAGUGGAAGCUGAAGGUGGUGUCUGAUGCAGGGCAGACUGAUGGAGUGCGUGGAGCAGCAGAGGAGGCACAGGAUGCACAGGUGGUGCAGCAGCAGCAGCAGCAGCAGCAGCAGCAGCAGCAGGGGGGUCCUCUGGUGCGUGCACUGGGAGUAGCGCCAGCAGCAAGGGCGUACCAUGGGGCAUGUGCCGUGGCAGGGGGUACGGCUGUGCUUGUGUAUGGAGGCAUGGUGGACCGAACGUCCCCCGUGGGAGGGGAGGCUCGUGGCGGUUAUGGUGCUGCGGUUGUGGGCCAUAGUGGUGCCAGGCAGAAUGCUGCUGCUGCUGGUGCUGCUGGUGCUGCUGCUGCCACUGCUGGUGGUGUAGCAGCUGCUGCUGCUGCUCAUUCUCCUGCACGUGCUCCUGCUUCUGCUGCUCCUGCUGCAAGGAGUGGUGGUGUGCAGUUUGACGAUUCAUUGCAUGUGCUGUAUUUGUCGCUUCGGGGCGCGCUGCAGGUUUUCGCACCAGGCCCCCGCUCCCGCGCAGCAGCAGGCACCACGCGUACGCAUGCAUGCCUGGCGUGGGGUGGGAUGGGGUGGGGUGGGGUGAGGGGAACCGCUACGCGGAGCCCAGUGGACAGUGGGGCGGGGGGGGCGGAUGGGGAGGGGGAGGUGGCAGGGGGCAGGGGGGAGGGGGAGGAAGCGGAGGGGGGCGGGGAGGGCGCGGAGGGGGGGGUGGGGGACGACAAGGAGGGGGCGGGGGGCAGCAGGCUGUGCCGCGAGAGCACAGCAUGGCCAGCAUCACACCUCACUACUGCUACCCAUGCACCUUCUGCCCCUCCGUCCGCCCUCCCUGCCCGCCUGGCCUUGCCCCAUCCCCGCCCCCACGGCAGCUGCUCGGAUCGGCUGGAAUGUGAGUCGAUCAUUGCGGAGGAUGCGGUGCGGAAAAAGAGCUCUCGCUGUGGCGCCGUUAUCCCCUAUUCAGACCCCCCUCCACGCCCCCUUCCCCCUCCACGCCCGCUUCCCCCUCCCUCCCCUCCCCCGUCCCUCCCCUCCCCCCUCACUCCCCCCUCUCUCCCCCCUCCCUCCCCUCCCCCCUCUCUCCCCCCUCCCCUCCCCCCGUCCCCACGGCAGCUGCUCGGCUGGAAUCUGCUCGGAUCGGCUGGACUCUGCUCGGAUCGGCUGGACUGUGAGUCGAUCAUAGCAGAGGAUGCGGAGAACGAGCGCCCGCUGUGGCGCCCCUCUGUAUACGCGCACUGGAAGUAUCUACCCUGUGACGUGGGGUCGGAUGUGAGUCCAGAGGAGGCUCGUCUGCUCGCUUACACACAGGCUGCUCAGGGCGUUCCCCUGCCCUCCAUUGUGGCAUCGGAGCGUGCCAUGCUCGCCAAUGCCGAGGCCAUCCAUGCCGCCUUCCGCUCGCGCCGUUACACCGGGCCAGUCAGACAAAACCCUCCCCUCACCACCCCCACUGGCGGGGCAGCAGCUUCCCCCGUCAUUCCCUUCCCCCCACCCGCCGCCUUCCCUGCGCCCUCCCCCGCGUUUUCUGUGCCUCCAUCCGCCCCCAGCGCCCCCCUGGCGCCCCAUCUCCCUUCUCACCCGCACCACCACAGCAGCAGCAGCAACAGCUGA